AUGGUCUUGUUCGACGAAGACCCGGUAGACUUGAUGUCCGCAACGACGAGCAAAUUCCGCAUUGCACCAGACAAGGACAGCUUGAACCGCAUAUCAGAAUCACUGCACACACUGGCGAGCGCGCGACAAUCGCGAUUGGACCAACAGACCGACGUCUUGAGCAGCCUCAGUAGACGGCUAAACAACAUCAAGGGACAGUACGACUACGAAGAGGAGCGACACGAUGCAGGACGUCACGCAGCAGAGAUGCUCAAGAUGGACACCGAGAAGUUCAGGAUCGCGAAAGGCGUCAACGAUGCAGAGAUCGAGACAGAAAGACUAGGCGGGGAGCUUGCGGCGCUGAAACAGCAGUUGGAGACGCUCGAGAAAGAAGGCGUGGAGGGUGGUGCGAGAAGAUCUGUGCAGAAGCAAGAGGAUGCCAAUAUCCUCAAAUUGAGCUUUUACCGUUCUCUCGGAAUCGAGGUACAGCAAGACGCGAAGACCGGAGAAUACAACAGAGCCGUCAUUCACAACGCUGGCAAGGGAGAUGUCAAUGUGAUUGAUGUGGACAGCUCGCAGGCUCCAGGCCACUACACCAAGACUUUGUGGGAUAGCAUAUGA